UUUCAUAGAUUCUCUGUCGUGUUAGAAAAUACAAGUAAUCUUCAAGAUCAGGAACGAGAAAACAACUUAUUUUUCAUAUUUUACAGCCUGAUGGUGCUGGUUAGAUAUUCUCUUAAAUUCUUGCUCGGUAACAACAGACUAAAUAAUCAAAUAAUGGUUUUAGCAUCUUCUCUGAUAAUAAGAUGUGCAUUUGUGGCGCGCAGCUGUGCAGCGUGCAAACUUAUUUUGGCUUUGACGUCAGGUGAGUGAAACACACCCCAUCAUCCUGAUCCGGAGUCUGCUGAGGUGCGCAAUCAGCGCGCCGCUCGGUCCGCCCGGACACUGCAGUGUGGGUUACCGUGCCAUCGCUGCAGCUGCUCGUUCCCGACACCACGUCCCGCGGCAGACUUCACGGAUCCGGGGAGAACAGGGGAGAGGGAAGCGCUUGAAAGCCAUGGCCGAGUCCAACCCGCUGCGGGGCUUCCCCCGUCUGCGCCGGGCCGCGACCUCAUUUCCAGGCAACCUGCAUUUGGUCUUGGUGCUCCGCCCCACCGGCUUGUUAAGCACCACCCCCAGUCCAUCUUCAAGCACCGACCUGGGCUUUCGCUUCAGCCAGGAUGACUUCCUGUUAAAGAUGCCGGUGGUGAUGCUGCGUUCGGUCGGUGACCUGCUGCGCUACAUCGAUGAAAACCACCUGACAUCAGACUUCACUGCGAAAGUGGAGUAUUGCCAAAGUGACUGGAUCGUCCUCCGCACGGCCAUUGAGACAUUUGCAGUGACAGUGAAGGAGAUUGCUCAGCUGCUGCAGGGCUUCGGCUCAGAGUUGUCUGAGAUCGAACUUCCAGACGAAGCUAACGCAAUCGAGUUCCUGCUGCACUCACACACACACCGAUACCGACAGAUGAAGGACGAUAUCCGUAAUGUGCUGAAAGAGGGACGUCUGCUGCUGUCGAACCUGGAAACUGUCAAGGCCUCUAAGAGAGAUAUAGAGGACGAGAGGGACAUAAGAGUAGACAUGGACACUGUUCAGAGGCUCCUGGCCCAGCUCAGAGACAUGGAGGAGGCGUUCGAUGGCUUCUUCGAGAAACACCACCUGAAGCUGCAGCAGUACCUUCAGCUGCUGCACUAUGAACUGAGUUUCCAGCAGAUGGAUGAGGUGCUGGAGAGGCUUACUAACCAGGAGAAGGACAUUGCCUUUGUGGGGACCACAGUGGUUCAGACUGAACAACUGUUGAGAGACCUGGAGAUGCUGGACGCAUAUGCUCAGGAAGAGAUGGCUCGUGCCCAGGUGGUGAUCCUUCAUGGUCACCAGUUGGCCGCCAACCACCACUACGCCCUGGCACUCAUCGUCCAGCGCUGCAAUGAGCUGCGUCAUCACUGUGAUGUCAUCACUACUGCCAUACGCACCAAGCGGGCCUCGCUCAAUCGAGCACGAGACCUGCUGCUCCGCCUAGAAGGGGCCCUUCGGUGGUGUGAUGAAGGCGCCUAUCUUCUGGCGAGUCAGAUGGUGGACAGAUUCCAAACCAGAGAAGGCGCUCAGGAGGCGCUGCAGGUCCUAAGCUGUCACCAGGAGAGGGCGCCAUCCGCACUUAAAAACAACCAGGACACUCUGAGCCUGGAGUUUGAAGCCACACUCACCCCACAGCUGCAGUCCCAAAUCUCCAUGGUGACAGAGAAGCUGAACUCAGUACAGUCCAUGAUCAGAAACAGAGAGCAGUGUCUGAGGAAGUUGGCGGAUGUACAGGUCAGACCAAUCCAGCUAGUGGCCCCCAGGCCCGAACCCGACCAGACCUGGCAGCGCUGCAAAUCACCCCUCUUUUCCCCCAAACAUGUUGUAGACUUUAACGUCCUGAACUCCAAGUUCUCCUUUGACCUGCUUCCUGGCAAGAGAGCUGCGAGGAGGAACAACAGCCAACGCAAGAUCGAGGUCAUGCAUGAUUUCCAAGGCAACCGCAGCUGUCUCUAUGGUCCCACCCCUGAAACGGAUUCAGAGGCAGAAGACAAUCCAGAGCAGGUCACACGCCAUAUUAUGAAGGAACUGAUCGCUACAGAGAGGAUCUAUGUAGAUGAGCUGCUCUCUGUCCUUCUGGGCUACAGGGCAGAAAUGGAGGACCCAUCCAUGUCUAAUCUUCUUCCUUCAGCUCUACGCAGCCAGAAGGACGUUUUAUUUGGCAACAUGCCAGAGAUUUACCAGUUCCACAGCAGGAUCUUCCUCCAAGAUCUGCAGGGUUGCCUGGAGACACCAGAGAGGGUGGGAGCUUGUUUCCUGCAACGGAAAGAGAAGUUCCAGGUGUAUGAGCGUUACUGCCAAAACAAGCCUCGCUCUGAGUUGCUAUGGAGACAGUGCUCUGAUUCGCCCUUCUUUCAGGAAUGCCAGAAGAAGCUGGACCACAAGCUGGGUCUGGACUCUUACCUCCUGAAACCAGUCCAACGCCUCACCAAGUACCAGCUGCUACUCAAGGAGCUGUUGAAACACUGUAGGGAGGAGCGAUACUGCUUUGAACUCCAGGAGGCUCUGGACUCGAUGCUGGAGCUGCUGAAGUCUGUCAAUGACUCCAUGCAUCAGAUAGCCAUCACUGGAUAUCAGGGUGACCUCAGCCAGCUGGGCAGAGUGGUGUUGCAGGGAGGCUUCAGUGUGUGGAUCAGCCAUAAGAGGGCAGCUGUGCGAAUGAAGGAGCUGGCCAGGUUCAAGCCCAUGCAGAGACAUCUCUUCCUCUACGAACACGCCCUUCUCUUCUGCAAGCGUAGAGACGAGGACGCUCAUGACAGGACGCCCUUUUACAGCUUCAAAUCCUGCCUCAGAAUGAGUGCAGUGGGAAUCACAGAAAAUGUGAAAGGAGAUGUGAAGAAAUUCGAAAUCUGGUACAGUGGCAGAGAAGUAGUGUACAUAGUUCAGGCUCCCACAUUGGAGAUCAAAGUCGCCUGGCUGACAGAGAUUCGAAAAAUUCUCACGAACCAGCUGAGACUGCGUCAAGAUGAGGCUCCUUCUCUUCCACUUUCAGACAAUCCUCUCUCUGACAGUACAUCAGAGAUGUGUGUGUCGUGGGGCGGAGCGUCGGUGGGAGGCUGCUCAGCCUGUCUCCCUGUUCCUCACAGCUACUCUGCAACAAACCACUCCCACAGGCACCGGGGGGAUGAGUCAACUCACAGUAGCCCCGCCCACUCAGACCCUGUGGUUCACUCACCUCGACGCACUUGGCCAGUCCCUGCCCACUCAGUGGCAAUCUGUGACGGCCUGGAGGACUGGGGUGCAGCAACAGACCUCUCUAACUUAUCAGACUCAGACGAGGAGGAUCAGCCCGCUCCACUGGUGGCGGGCAGGUACAGGGUCAUGGUAGAGAGCAGCAUGGCCAGCACGGAUGACAUCAUCUUUAACAGUGGGGAUGUCAUCCAGCUGCUGCAUGAGGAAUUGUCGGGAAUGUGGAUGGUGAGGAAUGUAAGUCGUGGCGAAGAAGGCCGUGUUCUGUCUGAGGACCUGCACAGGAUUCUGGGAGAGACCUGCUAAGAGCCAAUCAGAACCGUGGAUAGAUGUGUUCCAUUCUCCUCCUGUUUUAGUCACUUUUUUGGCUCAACCUUUUCUCCGACUAACACACUCUUAACAUCCUGACCAAAAGGGGGCAUCUGACUCUGUAAAGACGUUCAUCAGAUCAUCAGAUUGAAACACAUCAACCACAUAUUUUACUCUUCAAACUACUGUGACACUUUCACCUCAGAAGGCUGUAAACUACAGAACGGACCUCAGAAGACUGUACCCAAUGCAAAGCACAUACUAUGUGGGACCUCACAGAUCCGGCGCCUUCUUUUUGUUUAUCUAUAUUUUCAAUUGUAAUACAGUAGAUUAUUUUGGGUCAUAACUAAAGAUGGCUUUUAUUCAUACGUACAGAAUGGACUUUUGUUGAAGACUUCAGGUUUUAUCCUUUCUAUUUUCUUAUGAAAUAUCACAGAAAUCAUGCAUAUGCCUACAGACAUAUCAUUACUGUUCAUAUGUGCCAAAACGCUCAGAUAAUUAUUGUGGCUUCUUUUUGUAUAACACCGUCCAUUAUGGAAAACAGGUUUACCUCGCAUUGUCAUUGUUUUCCAUGAAUUUAAACCUUUCUUACAGCAGCCAGCUACGUCACCAGAGGGUAUGAAUGUGAUUUUGACAUAUGCUUAAAAUCGCAUUAAGGGGACUCCUUCGUAGCGGUUUGUUUUGCCACUCACUGGUGUUGGUUCAGGAUGUAUGUGAAAAUGUCAUUGCAUACCUUCUAUAGAUCUUCUUCAGCACAUCAUAGCAGGAAAAGAAAAAAAACAGGUGUAAUUAAUUAUGUCACAAUAUUGGCUUCUCGCAAUAUAGCCUCGGUCCUGUGUGCAUGGCGCCUCAGUGGGAAAUUUCAAAGGAGCAGAGCCAUCGUUAAUGUUAUUAGUUCCUCCUGUGCUUCUCCUGCUAUGACGAUUGAAAAU